CGUCGGCGGCGCAGUGCGCAGGCGCGGCGGGCAGGCGGGCGGGUUUCCCUGGGCUACGGCCGGCGCUGUCGCCCGCUGGUCCGCCGCCCUGCGCCAUGGCGGGCUGCGCGGCGCGGGCUCCGCCGGGCUCCGAGGCGCGCCUCAGUCUCGCCACCUUCCUCCUGGGCGCCUCCGUGCUCGCGCUGCCGCUGCUCACGCGCGCCGGCCUGCAGGGCCGCACGGGGCUGGCGCUCUACGUAGCCGGGCUCAAUGCGCUGCUGCUGCUGCUCUACCGACCGCCGCGCUACCAGAUAGCCAUCCGAGCUUGCUUCCUGGGCUUCGUGUUCGGCUGUGGGAUGCUGCUGAGUUUUAGCCAGUCUUCCUGGAGUCACUUUGGCUGGUACAUGUGCUCGCUGGCGCUGUUCCACUACUCGGAGUACUUGGUCACGGCGGUGAACAACCCCAGGAGCCUGUCGCUGGACUCCUUCCUCCUGAACCACAGCCUGGAGUACACCGUGGCCGCCCUUUCUUCUUGGAUCGAGUUCACGCUGGAGAACAUCUUCUGGCCAGAACUGAAGCAGAUCACCUGGCUGAGCACCACGGGCCUGCUGAUGGUCGUCUUUGGGGAGUGUCUGAGGAAAGCGGCCAUGUUCACAGCCGGCUCCAACUUCAACCACGUGGUGCAGAACGAGAAGUCGGAGACCCACACCCUGGUGACGAGCGGCGUGUACGCCUGGUUCCGGCACCCCUCCUACGUCGGCUGGUUCUACUGGAGCAUCGGCACCCAGGUGAUGCUGUGCAACCCGGUGUGCGGCGUCGGCUACGCCCUGACGGUGUGGCGCUUCUUCCGAGACCGCACGGAGGAGGAGGAGAUCUCGCUCAUCCACUUCUUCGGCGAGGAGUACCUGGAGUACAAGAGGCGGGUGCCCACGGGCCUGCCUUUCAUAAACGGGGUCAAGGUGGAGCUAUGACGCCCCGUGCAGCCCGGGACGGGACGGCCUCCGGGCGGCCUCGCUGCAGAGUGGAUUUUCUCGAUUGUUUUCUAUGUCGCCGUCUCCUCUGGAACAUCCCUUAAGACCCAGCAGUCAGAAGGCCGUCGGACCAAGGGGCUGCCCCGGCCCCCCCAGCUUCCCGGAGCAGUGCGUUCUGGGGCUGCGUCAGUUGAGGGCGCGGAUGGAGGAUGCGCAAGGAGCAGAUCACAGCAAUACCCCGCGGUGCCCCCCGCCCCGGAGCGCCCAGGCCGCGCGCCAGCCUUCGAGGCCCCUCUGGAGAGGCGGACUCGUCUCCCUCUGAACGGGGCUCCUCCAGCAGGAAGGGGUGUGCGGGCACCAGUGCUUCUUAGGGUUAGAAAUACACCGACAACCUUUCCUCUAGCUGAAACGCAGCACAGCUCCGACCUCCUCAUUUCCGUCCUCGGCGCCCGAGCGUCUGCGCAUUCUCAAAGCCACUUCACCUUCCUUGCAAGGCACCUUGCUCUUCGCGUAUUUAACCCUACUCCCAGGUCUGUCUGUCCGUCAUCAAUAGCAGUAUAGGUUCGCAGGGGGCUCGGUGCUUGUGGCCCCGCCUUCUCUGGGGCAGAGCGGAGGCGUCGGCACGCAGCCCGGUAGGCCCAGUGGCGUUGUGUCGCCAGGGAGCCUGGGCCCCGUGGCUUCCGGGCCCCCUGCCCCCCGCCCGUCUCCCUCGUGGGGGCUGUCGCCAGCGGCAGGCAUGUCCAAGGCCGUCAUGUGUCCUUGAUCCCAGACAUGCUUACCGAAUGCCUGCUCUGUGCGAGGCAUCGUUAAACGCUAAGAAAUACUGCUCCCCAUUUAUCUGGGAUGUUAUUAUUUUACCAUAGCGUAUAGUUGUGUGUUUUGAUUUAAAUCUAUUACCUAUUGAUUUCUGUGUUCUGAUCUGAAAAUGUCAUAGUCGCUAAUGCCAUCUCAGACUCUCCCAGAGGGGUAUCAAGAGCACACACAGCUACAGAGUUCACGCCGACUCGUGAAAAUCGUAUAUAGAGCAACUAAUCCCAACUGAGAGUCAGUCCUAUUUUUGUUUUUCGAGUUCAGGGAGAGCGGUUGGCUCCAUGAGUCGAGUGCAGAGACUUUGCAGGCGCUUGCUGAGUUCGGGCUGGACAGGAGCUCGGUCUCAGCGUGGGGCCCUUCCUUGCGGCUCUGCGGCGGCACCGGGAUGCAGGGACGCAGGGAUGGGAAGGCGGCGGGGCCCCAGCCGGAGCGCCACCCUGCCCCCACGCCGCACCACGCAGCCUCCGAGGAGCCACCUACCUUUCUGUGCCUAGACCUCCCCAUCCGUGGAAUGGGGUCACCACCACCUACCUCACAGGGGUGUCGUGAAGACUGAGAAGAACAGUGUCAAAUGUUCUUAACGCUUAGGCGAGAGGUGACAUUCAUGGAACCCACACUGACUGUGUGAGGAAGAGUUGCACAACAGUGGACAUUUGACGAGCCGUGCCAGACACCAGAAACGUGGGUUGGAAAGAGCAUUUACCGACGCAAAAUUGGUGUUCGUUUCUAGAAUUCAUGGCCUAAUUAGUUUUUUUCUUUAUUAUGUAUACCAAAGAGUGUGCGGGUUCGGCGGUCGCCGGCGUGGCACUUGCUGGUGUGAGGACCAGAGAGACCCGCCCAGCGGCCCCGCAGAGGGUCCUGCCGUCUGACCGACUGGCUGAGGCCGCUGCUGCAGCCCUGGCGGGCCCGCGGGACUUCCGGCCCCCCGUGCGGACUCGGGGUAGAUCAGCUGUAGACUUGCUCCCUGGACCACACCCGGCAGAUGAAACCCCAUUUAGGAGGAUCGCAGGGGGAGGGGGUGGCAGCCGUCCCAGCCCUCGGAGGGGAAUGGCUCGGGGGGCACCGAGCAGCGGGUGGGGCGUGGACCUGGCUUUCCUGGCAGGGGUGGGGCGGGGGGGUUGCUGUGUUUGUGGUUUCCAUUGCUGGGGAGCAGCGAACAGCGGCCCCCGGCUUUGUUUGCGGGCCUGUUCUUCCACCUGCUGGAGCUCUGAAAGCCCCCCUUCCUGUCCCCCAGGGGUGCAGAAAGCAGGCCUUGCUGUGUGGGUGCUGCCCCCCGCCGCGCCCCCGCCCCCUUCUCAGCUUGACAUUGUUUGGCUUUCAGGGAGCAGGCCUGGGGCGGGGCCCUGAGAACGUUCACACCCCCGCAGUGAUCCCAGGGCGGGAGUCAGCAGUUCCUUGGGGAUAAGAGAUGAACGAACUACUUAGGGACAGGGUUCGCAAGUGAUUGACUUCCGUCUGGCACUGAGGCUCAGCUUAUUUUUAACCGUGUAAAUUUAGCAGUGGCCGUGCGCUGAGCAGAGAAUCAGGUUAAUGAGGUGCAGGCUCCUGGGCGUUCCCCAGAGCUCUCUGGGCAAAGGCCCCAUCCCCAGUUCCCGCAAAUUGAAACACCGUCAGGAGAUUUCUUUUUCCAUCGCAGGCUUUAAAGCGCAGAUUCCCAAGUGGAACCCAGGCGGUGCACAGAACAGAGUUACUUUGAAGCCUCCUGAAAGGAUGCGUUUUACAGGGAGGUGCAGGCUGGACUGGGAAUGGCAGUUACAGCACAGGGUGGGGGGCAGGCCCCAGAGGCCCUCGGUGUGCGCGGCCCCCGGAGCCUAAAAGUAGACUGGAUGCCCCCCGCCCUGCCCACCCCCACCCCCAGCGUCCCAUCCAUCGAGCCCUCUGGACCAUGACACGGUGGGGAAGUACCCCUGAGCUGGCUCGUCGAAUUAACAGGUUUGGCUCCGCAGGUGUCAGCCGCAGCGCCUUCCGGUGGCAGCCCCCCCCCCCCCCCAACAGGCAGGGUAACCCAGUGCCCCUUCUCUGCACUUUCUCACUGCCUUAGGCAGCUGCCGCCCCCCACCGUUGCUGCUUCUGCAGAGGACCCGGCACUGCCCGCGUUGGGGGGGGGGGGCUUGCUCUCUGUGCCCUGUCGUGCAAGCCUGCCACCCAGGUUGGGUCGCGCAGGGAUCUGAGCCGGGCGGGGGCCUGGGCCGGGCAGACCAGCCACGGGAAGCGCUCGCUCUUGGGAAGCCGUCCACAGCCAGGAGAGGAACUAAUGGAGUAAUUAUUCUACUCUUCUUUUUACAUGCAGAAAUGUUUAUUCCCGUGUUUUCAAUUGGGUUUUGUUUCACAAGUACUGAUAAUCCUUUCCGAACCUGAAAUAAAGCUGUACUUGGUUUCACUACGAA